GACGCAUUGACGUCACAAUUCCGCGCUCACUUUAGGUUCUCAACUUACCGCGUGUUUUACAAGUUUUCCCUCCUUGGACAAUGUUACUCCCACUAGCAAUUCGGAAUAGUAUAUUUGAGAAGGUUAUUCAAGAUGGUGUGUUAACAGCAAGGAACGAUACCCGACCAUGCUACAAUCACCCGACAAUCAACGUUCUAAAUCUUUAUGUCAUCAAGACAAUGCGAUCAUUAAAAUCUCGAGGAUAUGUUCGUGAACAGUACGCUUGGAGAACAUACUACUGGUUCCUUACAGCUGAUGGAAUCAAUUAUUUGCGUGAGGUCUUGCACUUACCUUCUGACAUUAUUCCAGCUACUCUAAAAGCUCCACCCCGGGAUAUUCGAACACCAGCCGUAGGAAUGGAUCAGGGUGGACAGCGUGGUCCCUCUGAUGGCCGUGUCGCGUUCAGAAGAGGGCCGGUCACUCCUGGAAUGACUGGCUUCGGUACUCCUGGUAAAGAUGCAGCCAUUGGUGAUAGCGAGGUUCAUUUCCAUGGGGGCUAUGGUAGAGGUCGACCUAUUAAAGCUCUUCUUCUAUCUUGAUGGCGUAUAGGUGCUCAACUGGAUUAACGAUUUAGUAAAUGAUGAGGGCAGUCAUAUAUAGAGGGCGAUCGUAGAGACAGUUCUGGGUUGUCUGUGGUCGGGUGACAUCAGUUGGCAUCCAAGAUUAAGCGAACAGUACUAGAUUUAGUGCCACAGAGUCCAAACCCCGAUAAUGUUCUUUAUUGAUUUGUAUACCUACCUGUCUUUACAGCUGAGUAAGUUCUAGGUUAGUAGAUCAGUAACUGCACUAAUGCGUUAGUCGAUA